GCUAGUUCUGCUGUUCUCCAUGUGUGGAGCUCAGCCUGUGAACUCCCAGACUGAUGCCCAGGAGGAGCUCCUAUCCCUGGGUGAGGAGCUGAGGGAACUCCUGAGCGCCACCAGGAUGGAGCUCCAGGACACCAAGGCGGACAUGAAGAGCGAGGUUGAGAACCUGAAGAGGGAGAAUGCCGCCCUGCUGUCCAGGCUGGCUGCAGCUGAGAGCCAAGUGGAGACUCUGGAGAGAGGUGUCAGGGAGGCCCCCAAGGUGGCCUUCGCCGCAGCCCUGACCAACAAAGGCUACAUCCAGGCGGACGACUCACUCAACAUGAACCUGGUGUUCGAGAAGGUCCUCACCAACGUCGGCCAGGCCUACAGCACCGAAACGGGCUUCUUCACAGCUCCAGUCAAGGGGGUCUACUUCUUCAGGUUCACAGUGAGAGAUGACAUGGCAAGGCGCUGGAUGGACGUGCGUCUGCAUAAGAACGGCCAGCAGGUGGUGCAGCUGGAGGAGUCCGGUGACGACGGCUUCGCCACAUACCUGUCCAGCGGCCUGGCUCUGGACAUGGAGGAGGGAGAUACGGUGAACAUGGUCCUGCCUGCCAAGAGGAGGGUCUACGAUGACUACGCCAACCACAGCACCUUCAGCGGCUUCCUGGUCUUCCCACUCUGAACGCCAGGAGAUCACCAGUAAUCACGACCGAUUACUAUGACAAUCAUUCCUCAUGAAUG